UAGAACACACUUGCACCACUGCUGCUAUAAUUUUAAAUUCCCCUCGUUGUUACUGAAUUGUUCUCUUACAUAUCUAGAAUUUAUAAAUUAAAAUGUGGACCAGCUGGAAUCCUUUUAAAAGAAAGGAAAAGGAAGGAAAUGAAAAUUCUAAACAUUUUGGGAAUAAUAUCAGUGGUAAAGAAAAUUUACUUGCAAUGGCAGUGGUCAACAAUCAGAACAAUGAGAUGAACAAUCAGAAUCUGUUUCAAAAUUUGAAUCAGAAUUUCAACAGAACAUCUAGAUUUAGGUCUAGUAGAAAUUCACGAGAGAUAGAUCUAGAUUUGAAUAACUCGGCCUCAUCAGGAUUAUUUUCUGAAUCUGAUACCAAAAAUGUUGACAGCAAUUUUGCUCAGGAAUCAAGUUUAAAUACUUCAGCCAAUGGGAACUAUAAUAAUAAUCCUCACCAGAAGAACUUGACACCAGAGCAUAUGCCCUCUAGAGCAAGUACUGGAGUGCAGGAGCAGCUGAACACAUCUCAGGCAUGGCAUUCCAAGGGAACUGACAGGCUUAUAACUGUGGAGUCACCUGCUGAUCAGAUGAUGGCACCUAAGAAAUUUAGUGGAGUUCAUGGACCAUUGCUAUCUUCCCCUAUAGUUCCUAAAGUUAGGAGAGCUUUAGAAUCUAAUGUUGGGUUAAGGAGCUCACAGUCACCUUUUUCGCCUGUAUCUAAACCUCUGGGCAGGUCCCUGAGCUUAAACCAUGGAUCAGUAGUUAAUCCAACCAGAUCAACAGCAGGGCAGGUUCCAUGGGUUAGACUUAAGAAGAGAGAAUCACUAGGCCUGACAGAAUUAAUGGCAGGAAACACAGCACAAAGCCCUAACACAAUUAAACUAUCAACUCCAGAUGUCAGGCUGCCUUCAGCCCCUGUAUUUAAGAGUACCCCAUUGAUUGUGACAACAGAGCCAAACAGAUUGUGUGCAGUGGAUACAAAAGCUGUUGUGUCAGCCAUACGAGAAAAAAGGAAAAGAUUAGGAGUCAACCAGCAAGAAGAAAUGUUUUGUGAAGACUCAUGGACUUUAGCUGCUAAGAGAAGGCGCCAGGAUAGCAGCCAAUCAAAUGCCUCAUCAAUACCAACCAUGCCUGAAUCUUUACCAAACUUGAUUGGCUCACCUGGAUCUUCGCUACUUCAUAUUGCAAGCAUGUCUGAUCCACGUCCAUCAGCCGUUCCAGCCAUUGACCCAUUUGUCAGCCAUCACCAGCGUACCAUGGGGUUGGGUGGGGGGAAGCAGCUCUCACUACCACAGCAGCCCAACCCAGCUGGGAACAAGUCAGUGCUCAGAUCUAUCCAGUCUUCUCUCAGCUCUAGUCUUAGGGCAAAGACAAACCUGGCAUUGCUUCAACAAAGUGGUAUAGAUUUAAAACGAGUUAGAGGGAUAGCAAAUGAUCAAACACGCAGGCUGUCAUUUGGUACGGAUCAAUCCAGGUUGGAGGAUGAUGCCAGAAUUGAUGAGCCUGCAUCCAAGACUUCACGACAAGAUACACUUCCUGUUUCUACAUCAGCCAUGCCAGACAACAUAAGUCAAACCUUAGCUACGAUGGCAGCCACCCCACUAGCAGAUAGAAUGAUAGCAGAAGGUGUUGUCUUAAGAAAACAAAGUGUCUCCCUCAAUCACAGUCCAGCUACACCUCUUAAGGCCAUGCACACUACCAUUCAAGUCAGCAUGUCAGACUUUGAAAAAGAUCGGCAGAAAGAAUACCAGAGACGAGUUUUAGAUCUUUUAGGCGAUGACAGUGUCCAUAUUGAUGGGAAAGGAAGCAAAUCCUCUUCUGAGUUAUCAAUGAUAUCAUCAAGAGCUCCAUGUACAUCUCCUGUGACAGCUGAGCAAGGAAUGGCUGCCACAUCAGCUGCUGUCAGCGCCAGUUUGGACUGUUUGAAUAAACUAGUGCAGUCUGCUACUACCCCCAUUGUCAGUUCUGUGUCAUCAGCAGCAAGCAGCUUGUCACACUUACUCAGCCAAGACACAGGUAACUGCACUGUUAGUUCAGUGCAGCCUGUGUGUCCUGAAGGAGCAAGUGUUUCAACAGCUGCCCCAUCCAAUGUGUCCUCUCCAGCUUUACCAACACAGACAGUGCCAACUUCUUUCAGUUCUCAGUUUCCAACAACCAGCCCCACAUCUUUACCAACACAGACAGUGCCAACAUCUUUCAGUUCUCAGUUUCCAACAACCAGCCCCACAUCUUUACCAACACAGACAGUGCCAACAUCUUUCAGUUCUCAGUUUCCAACAACCAGCCCCACAUCUGGUGCUGUUGCAUCCACUACAUCUGCUGCAUCCACUACAUCUGCUGCAAAUUCUCUCCCACUCGCAGGAUUUGGUUCCUCUACGGCACCCAGCACAGGAUUUGGUUCCUCUACGGCACCCAGCACAGGAUUUGGUUCCUCUACUGCACCCAGCACAGGAUUUGGUUCCUCUACGGCACCCAGCACAGGAUUUGGUUCCUCUACUGCACCCAGCACAGGAUUUGGUUCCUCUACUGCACCCAGCACAGGAUUUGGUUCCUCUACGGCACCCAGCACAGGAUUUGGUUCCUCUACAGCACCCAGCACAGGAUUUGGUUCCUCUACUGCACCCAGCACAGGAUUUGGUUCCUCUACGGCACCCAGCACAGGAUUUGGUUCCUCUACUGCACCCAGCACAGGAUUUGGUUCCUCUACUGCACCCAGCACAGGAUUUGGUUCCUCUACGGCACCCAGCACAGGAUUUGGUUCCUCUACUGCACCCAGCACAGGAUUUGGUUCCUCUACGGCACCCAGCACAGGAUUUGGUUCCUCUACUGCACCCAGCACAGGAUUUGGUUCCUCUACAGCACCCAGCACAGGAUUUGGUUCCUCUACGGCACCCAGCACAGGAUUUGGUUCUGCUACGGCACCCAGCACAGGAUUUGGUUCCUCUACGGCACCCAGCACAGGAUUUGGUUCUGCUACGGCACCCAGCACAGGAUUUGGUUCCUCUACAGCACCCAGCACAGGAUUUGGUUCCUCUACUGCACCCAGCACAGGAUUUGGUUCCUCUACGGCACCCAGCACAGGAUUUGGUUCCUCUACUGCACCCAGCACAGGAUUUGGUUCUGCUACGGCACCCAGCACAGGAUUUGGUUCCUCUACGGCACCCAGCACAGGAUUUGGUUCCUCUACAGCACCCAGCACAGGAUUUGGUUCCUCUACGGCACCCAGCACAGGAUUUGGUUCUGCUACGGCACCCAGCACAGGAUUUGGUUCCUCUACAGCACCCAGCACAGGAUUUGGUUCCUCUACUGCACCCAGCACAGGAUUUGGUUCCUCUACAGCACCCAGCACAGGAUUUGGUUCCUCUACUGCACCCAGCACAGGAUUUGGUUCCUCUACGGCACCCAGCACAGGAUUUGGUUCCUCUACUGCACCCAGCACAGGAUUUGGUUCCUCUACGGCACCCAGCACAGGAUUUGGGCAUUCAGCCAUUGCAUCUUGUACAGGUGAAACAGCUCAAAGUUUGACACCAGCCUUGGGUCUAUUCAAGCAGUCUCAGACUGCCAGUCCCAUGCAGCCAACUACUGCAGUCUUGAGUGUUGAUCCAUCUCAACAAUCCAGAUUUCCUUCAGCCCAGCCAAGCCUAGCCUCCAGCAGUCAAAGUGCAGCCAAUCCUGGCUUUAAUUUCAGUGCAGCUCCUGCCAGCUCAGCAGGCUUUAACUUUGCUGGAACUGCUUCAACGCUGUCUUCUGGAUUUAGUUUUGGUAGCAAGCCUAUCCAGCAGCUUGCAGCCACUUGCCCCAGUAGUCAGCCACCAGCCAGCACAUCAAGUCAGCCACAGUCUGGCUUCACUUUUGGCUCAACACAAGCCAACAGCAGUGGCUUUGGGGGAAUCCUGCCAACUACAACAGCCAGUUUUUCUUUUAGCACCGGAUCACAACCUGCACAAGCCUCACAACCAAGUGCAUCAGCCUUUGGGGGGUUUAGCACAGCCCCAGUCAAUGCAGCAUCAAGUGGGUUUCAAGUAAACAACUCGUCCAGUUUGAAUGCUGGCAAUCUUGUAGCUCCAGCUUUAUCCAGCUCUCAACCCUUUUCAUUCUUUGGUUCAACAGCUGCUAGUAGUGCAUCAGCAUUUAGUUUUGGACAAAGCACAACAAGCACAGCCUCCACCCAGCCAAGCUCUGGCCCUUCAUUUGGUAGUAACCCAAGCCUGAGUUUUGGUGCUUCAACUUUUGGUCCAGCUGCUUCAGCCAAUGUUGCUAGCAACAACAGCUCCAGUUCCUUUGGUACUAGUUCUGCCCCCUUGUUUGGCACCAACACAGUAACAGAAAACACAGCAGGAUUUGGCAGAUCUACUCCAUUUGGUAAUAAUGGUCCAAAUUCAGGAAUUUCCACACCUUUUAACUUUUCAGCACCUAUGACAUCAGCACCUGCAUUUGGAUCUGCAACUGCACCCAUUCCUUUUGGCUCUACUGUAAGUGUAACACCGGCUACUUUAGGGACUUCAAAUUUAUCAGCAAAACCCUUUACUUUUGGGGCUGCCAAUACAGUGCAGCAGUCAACUUUUGGGGCUGCCAAUACAGCGCAGCAGUCAACUUUUGGGGCUGCCAAUACAGCGCAGCAGUCAACUUUUGGGGCUGCCAAUACAGCGCAGCAGUCAACUUUUGGGGCUGCCAAUACAGCGCAGCAGUCAACUUUUGGGGCUGCCGAUACAGCGCAGCAGUCAACUUUUGGGGCUGCCAAUACAGCGCAGCAGUCAACUUUUGGGGCUGCCAAUACAGCGCAGCAGUCAACUUUUGGGGCUGCCACUACUCACGUAACAUCAAUUUUUGGCCAGAAUUCCACCCCAGUGUUUGGAUCAGCACCCUCACAACCUACUGUGCCUUUUGGGGCUCCAACAAGCACAACUGCAGCAUUUUCAUCCAGUGCUUUUGGUAGCACAGCUGUACAAAAGCCAGCCUUUGGAAUAGCCAGUCCAACCUUUGGUUCUUCAACAGCUUUUGGAACAAAUCAGCCAGGGUCUAUUUUUGGAUCAACAAACCCAGCCCCUGCAUUUGGACAGGCUUCCACUUCUCACCAGUUUGGUGGUGCUGCAUCCAAUUCAUCAGGUGCCACCUUGUUUGGAGCUUCCAAUGCUUCAGGGUUUGGUGCCCCUACAACCCAAGCAGGAUUUAAUUUUGCAGCUGGCCAGCCACAGCUUGCUACCACCUUUAAUGUACAGUCUACAAAUCUUUCAUCCUCUGGCUUCAACUUCAACCAGGCCCAAGCUCCUUCUGGGGGAUUCAACUUUACAGCUCAGUCUCCUGCCAAACCAUCUUUUACCACUCCAAAUCCUGGUGGCUUUGACUUUAGAUCUUCAGUCCCUGGCAGUUUCAAUUUUAGUGCCACUUCAGGUCCUCCUAACAUGUUGACACCCCAGACUCCAACCUCCAUCAAUAGACCAAGAGCAGCAGCUAAAUCCAAGAUUCGAAGAGGUGCCAGGCGAUAGUCACAUUUAAUGUACACACUUGUACACUUCUACAUCAGUGCUUGGUUUUAUGUCACAUUUAAUGUACACACUUGUACACUUGUAGAUCAGUGCUUGGUUUUAUGUCACAUUUUAAAAUGUUUCAAUACAUGGAGUUAUCCAACUGUCAUGGGUAUCCUCAAUGCAAAGUCUUCUAACUCUAAUGGUUUUCUUAAGUUUACUGCUGUUGGAAUGCCAUGUUCAGUGUCUAAAUCAACUUUCUGUAACUGACAGUUCAAAUUUAUUAGAUUGUAGUAGAUAACUUUUAUUUUUAACUAUAUUUUAAAAUUGAAUCUAAACUUGAAGAAACCAAUUGUUUGUAACAAACAGUUGAUACAUUGAGCAUUUCUUGUAUUGGUGCCAUUGAAAAGUCUUUAUUUUUAGUAUUUUUUGUGACUGAAUUAUUUAAUUGCUAAAAAUGUAUACAACUAGUUUCUAAUAUUGCAAAACAAGCCUUUCUUUUUUUUUUUUGUAAAAAAAAAGUAAUUUGGUAUUAGUAAAAAAAAGAAUUCAGAAAAUUAGUUUCAUGAUGCUAUUUUU